CGGUGCGGGUGGAAUCGAUUGCGGCGGUGGCAUGCGCUUCGAUUCCGCGGUAAUGUGGAUCGAUUCCUAGGGACCGGCGGCUUCCGCGGUGGGGAUGCUUAGGGUACCGAUUUGGAUAUGGGAUUCUGGAAUCUGGCGGUGUGGGAAUCGGAAUGCGGAGCGUCUGGUGAUUGGGGUGGAGGCAUAGGGUUUCGCUUUGGUGGUAAUGUAGGCCCCUAACAUCUGGGAAAUGCAAGGAGAGAAGUCACGUUGGUGGUGAUUCCGGCUUGGGGUGGUCGUAAAUCUUUGAGGAUUGGAUGAGCAUGCAUCUGAUGCUUCUAUUUUUGGUUCCAGUGGAAGGUUAAGAGUUCUUGAAGGGGUCUCUGGUGGGUUGUAGACGGAAAGGUUUCUUUUUUCUUUUAAAUUCUUCUGAAGUAUUCGAGGAUUCUUUGUAUAGAAGGAGCAGCUUUUUCGUGGUGUUGGAUCAGUAGUUUGUCUGUUUUCUUGUUUGGAUCUCGUCUUUUAUUUUAUAAAUUAUCAUGGACCAUGUUAUUGGGGGGAAGUUUAAGCUCGGGAGGAAGAUCGGGAGUGGCUCAUUUGGCGAGCUCUAUCUAGGUGUUAAUAUACAGAGUGGAGAGGAAGUGGCCAUCAAAUUGGAAUCUGUGAAGACAAAACAUCCCCAGCUUCAUUAUGAGUCUAAAUUGUAUAUGCUUCUUCAGGGUGGAACUGGAAUUCCCCACUUGAAGUGGUUUGGUGUGGAGGGAGAUUACAAUGUCAUGGUCAUCGAUCUUCUUGGACCAAGCUUGGAAGAUCUGUUUAAUUACUGCAACCGGAAGCUAUCAUUGAAAACAGUACUUAUGCUUGCUGAUCAAUUACUUAACCGAGUUGAGUAUAUGCACUCAAGGGGCUUUCUUCAUCGUGAUAUUAAGCCAGAUAAUUUCCUGAUGGGUUUAGGUCGCAAAGCAAAUCAGGUUUAUAUUAUUGAUUAUGGUCUUGCAAAAAAAUAUAGAGACCUUCAAACUCAUAAGCACAUACCUUACAGGGAGAACAAGAAUCUUACAGGAACAGCAAGAUAUGCCAGUGUCAAUACUCAUCUUGGAGUUGAACAAAGCAGGAGAGAUGAUUUGGAGUCUCUUGGUUAUGUGCUUAUGUAUUUCUUAAGAGGAAGCCUUCCCUGGCAGGGUUUAAAAGCUGGCACUAAAAAGCAGAAGUAUGAUAAGAUUAGUGAAAAGAAAAUGCUGACUCCAGUUGAGGUGCUGUGCAAAUCAUAUCCAUCAGAGUUUAUUUCAUACUUCCAUUAUUGUCGGUCAUUGCGUUUUGAGGACAAGCCAGAUUAUUCUUACUUGAAGAGACUUUUCCGUGACCUCUUUAUUCGAGAAGGUUAUCAAUUUGAUUAUGUAUUUGACUGGACAGUAUUGAAGUAUCCACAGAUUGGUUCCAAUCCUAGAGCGAGACAGCCCAGUGGAAGAACAGGUGGAGCUAUUGGACCAUCUGUGGAAAGGGCAGAAAGAACUUCAGUAGGGCAAGAGAUUCGUGAUAGGUUCUCUGGUGCAGUUGAAGCAUUUGCCAGGAGACAUGGUUCAGGUUCUGGUCGUCAUGGAGACCAUUCGAAGCACAAAGCUUUAGAGGAUUCACUGUUGUCACCCAAAGAGACUGCCCAUGAUUCAGAUAAAAUCCGUGCAUCAUCUUCUCGAAAUGGCAGCACAUCAAAAAGGGCCGUCAUUUCAAGUAGCCGGCCCAGUUCUUCUGCAGAUCCAAGUGAUCAAUUCAGUCGCACAUGUCGGUUGGUCUCCAGCAGCACUAGCAACCGCCCAUCCACCACCCAAAGACUCCAUCAUUCUGGACCAGAGGCCAGGGUCUCAUCACUUGCUCGAAAUUCUUCAGGAAGGGUUUCCCGUGAUGACCCUCCUCACCGAAGCUUUGAGUUCCUCUCGAUCAGUGGUGAGCGGAGGAAGUAAAGAGGAAAGAGGUCAACUGAUAAAGAACUUUGCUGCUCAUUUAAAGAAUUUGAUAUUCUUUGCCAUUUCGUCAACAUUUUCAUGACCAUUUUAUACUAAUUGAUUCUCUGUUCAUAUCCUUUUCUACCCAUUGGGAUGAGAUCUGCUUAAUUGGCAAAAUUUCAUUCUCAUUUGCGUAUAUUCAUUGCCUGAAACCCUUGGUAAUUCCCAAUUGACGGUGGUAAGGUGCUUAAGAGCAAUUCAAUUAGCAAUCUAUUGUCCUUACUUAUUCUUAAGGAUCGAUCAAGGAACAGUAUAUUCUCAUCCUGGGGCUGCUCAGGCCUUCUUGUGUUGUAGGCUUAAAACAGGGAUGUGCGUGUUCCUGCAAGAUAAUUGUUUAUAUGAGACUUAUUCAAAUAAAGUACUGUUUAUGCCCCA